CAGAUGAGGCCUGAGCCGAUGAACGCCUCGCCUUACCACUCCAAGGUCAGGGUGUCGCUCAAAUUUCCCGAUACCGAAUUUGCGGCGGGAGGAACGGUCACCGGCAAGAUGGAGCUUGAAUGCAAGGCUGAAAAGGGUCUUGGCAUCGGUGUAAUCAUGGUCGAGUUAUAUGCGAUCGAAGAGUUAACAUCGAGGGAUCACUCUGCGAAGUCUCCCUUCCUCCACACCAGACGGUUGUUUCAAGGACCCGGACUGCCACCUUCGAACUCUGUACAUCCUUACCCCUCACCUGGAGACCCCCCACUGCCUUCAAACUAUUAUCAUGCGCGGCGCGGCAUCACCUCCUUUCUGUUCCAGUUUCCCCUUCCUCACACCUCGCCGUCAUCCAUCGACUUCGGCUCCGGUCUGGCCCGCGUCCGGUACGAGGUCCGCGCAAGCAUUGGUGCCGCUUGGAAGGGAGAGAAGAAGCUUGUCACAGAUAAACGGCCGGUGGACGUCGUAGAACGAUUUGAUGAUUUCCGCAGAGUCGAUCCCGAGGGCGUGGUCGUCGGUGAGAACGGCAAGAUCUGGAUGCAAGGCAAGGUGCUGGGCGGCUUCAUGGUCGCCGGAGAGCCUGCUUGUAUCGAGCUCAUGGUUAAGAACCAUUCCACCAAGAAGAAUUCCAGUCUGUCAGUCACGUUGACUCGCGAGUUGUACCUGCCGAACAUACCCCCCACCCAGAAGCAGCCAUUGCAGCUUUCUGACACCGUCACUUCAGUCUCGUUCCGAGGGCCUGAAUACAUCAUACCUCCCGGUGGCGAAGGCGUGGCUAACUUGGUCGUGGAUGUACCCAAGAACGCACGGGGCGUCAAGGGUGGUCGCCGAAUAGGCGAUGAAGGCAAGAUUAGUGAAUGCCUGUUUGAGGUACGCUGUAUAGCAAGUGUCAAGCUCUCCAUGGGGAUAGGAAGCAAAGACAUUCAUUUGGAUUUACCUGUCCCAAUAUUGCAUCAAUCUGUUGCCCCAGAACUCUCACCAUACGAUAUGUACGCCAUACCCCCAGCGCCGUCCGCUGCGCCUGUGUACGACCCGGCUUCCGGCAUGUUUUAUCAGCCUCCCUCAUCUCCCACACCCUACCUCGACCGUCCUACCAGCCCCUACGCAUACCCGGCUCUCCCGAUGUCUCCGCCUAUCGGGCCCUAUGUAGAACACGGCCAAGUAUGGCUGCCGCCUCCGUCCAUGAGCCCAAUACCCUACAACGCGUACACGCCCGCGCCUUACUACGGCUACAUGGCCUCCCCUCCUACCUCCGUAUUCCCGUACCUCCCACCGCCACGCCCGUCCAGUGCGGAGCCCACGCCAUCUCAACCGCUGUACAACAUGCCGCCCGGUCUACCGCCCGCAGUUGCGCCACCACCUCUGCUCCCGAUGCCUACAGGUGGAUCCCAGCCCGGCAUACGUGAAGAAGGUAAGGGCGAGCGGGCCUCCCGCAUCUCACACCACCUCCGCCUGUCUUCUCGCCACCGCUCAGCAUCUCCACCUGCCCACCGCUUCCACUUGCCAGAUGCCGCUCCUCCCAUACCUAUCGCAUUCGCUGCUGCUCCUACCACCCUUGACGCUGCGCAUGAUGCCACUGUUAGCCCGGGUUCGUCCCCAGCGACCCGUCGUGGGGGCGCAACCACGCUGUCGCUCUCACCCUUGCUCACUGGCGGAGAGGUGGUAUCUCCACGCCCGAUGCUCUCGCCGAAACGGUCCUUCACGAACGACCCAUUCGACCAAGUCACCCAGGUCGAAAACCUCGAGCGCAUCGCAGCACGAGCUGAACAGCAGCAUGCAGGCCCUGUCGUCCCUCUGUCUGGCCCUGCGCUAGGCGAAGACACUAGGGACAAGACGCUCCCAAGGCCACCAGUGCCAACGGACAAGGAGAAUAUCCCUACUCCGCGGAGCCGGGCAGAGUCGCUUUUCCCUGUCGACUUCUUGGACACGGACGCCGCGGCUGCUGAGACACCACCGACUCCGACGCUCGCUGCGGUCACCUCACUCAAGGUGCCUCGCGGAUUACGCCCUGGGAACGACUCGUCAGGGCUGGAUGCGCUUGAGGCACGGCUCCUCGCUGAGGUCGGCACACGCAAGCCGGAGAAAGGCGAGCGUCCGCCGGACGUGCGCACGGUCAUGCCGAUCGCGAUCCCGCGCGCGACGGAUGUCGACCCCCCGAAUGACUCUGCCAUCUCGAGUCUCACGUUGCCAGGAUUGGACGUCGACGGGGACGAACGCACGCUUCGGCGCGGGAACAUGAGCGCGCGUGGGGGCAGUGACAGGGAGGACGGGGAUGAGCUGCUACCGACGUCGACUACGCGUGCGAGAGCGAGUAAGGAGACGAUGCGCGCCCGGGAUAGCAAGGAGACGGCGAGAGGUCGGGACAGGGGAAGUAAAGAGACGAAGAGUGCAUCUGGCGGGACCAAGCGCGAGCGCGGGGAGAAGAACACCAGCAAGCGCAGUGCGAACCCCGAGGCCCCGCCAGAGAAAGACAAGGAGCUUCACCAUCUGCGCAAGGCUGCACAGGGUCGAAUUGCCGCCUGGUUGGGGAACAUCGAUCCUGAGGUACCGCCGCCGUCGGGAACACCUCCGCCUGCGACACCACCUCCAGCAGCAUUGUCGCCUCCCGCAAAGCCUACAGAUAGAGCAGUGAGUAGGUCUCCUGCCCGGUCUCCCGCCGUGUCUCCUGCGCGCUCUCCGCUUCCCAGUCCGAAAGUCUCGCCUCCGGCACUUCCGUCUCCCGACCCUGUGGCCGCAUCUCAGCCUCAGACGAGCACCGAUGCCCCUCCUGUAGACCAGGUUGCACCCAAGGAGGCACAAGCGGCACCAAACCCACGCUCUUCUGGUUUCAUCGCCAUCGGUAGUGUACGAGCUGCGCCAACGCUCCAUGCCACCGGCGCAAGGUCUGGUCAGAAGGGCGCAGCCCCUUGGGAUGCCUACCUCCUACCGAAGGCGUCCCCUCGUCUUGCCGUGUACCCGCCUCGUUCCCUGGACCCGGAGGUCAAGUACGACGUGCGUUCUGCGCGUGGUGGCCGAGGCGGGAUCGUAACGUCUGUAGCCUCGCUCUGGGCGUCCGCGACGCAGACACCACAACAAGAGGCACCCAAACCUCCUGUUGUCGCAGUCAAGCCUCAAAGGAAACCGACCAAGCUCAUUGAGCAAUGGACAGCGACCGCGGCCCCAGCGGCCCCGAAGUCCGAGCCGUCCAAGUCUCCUGCUCCGCAGGCCGACUCCCGCCCGCGCGCACUGAGACCCUUAGCCAAGACAGCAGCAUCCUCGCCCUCGGUUACUCCUACACCCCCUGCCGUGGAUGCUACGUCUGCCUCUGGCGGAGGUAUGCCUGCGAGGCGCGCUCGGAUGGUCAAGUCUGCUUCGGUGCCGGCAGUAGUAUCAUCGUCCCUGGCGACACCGAUGAUCUCGUCUACGGCAUCGCUCGCGCGUCCAGCCCCUGCUCCUGCUGAACGCCACAAGAUGAACGUCAAGCUGCCUCCGACGAUAUCCGAGGACGCUCCACGCGCAGCUCCGCACGCAACUGCAUCUCCCUCGACGUCUACUUCGGGGUCAACCCCGGUGGUAGCCAAGUCGCCCAAGGCGGAACUCGCCUUUGGACAGGCGCGGUUGAGGGAACUCAUCAAGCGAUACCAAGGACAAGUCAAUUCAUAACAUGGACCACGACUAUACCUAUCUUCGCCGUCUACUUCCUCGUUGGUCUCAUUCUCCCCUGAACCUCUUACUCCAUCUCGCUCAAACUGGUUGUCCUAUCUCUGCUGAUAUACUGCACAU